CGAACGGUUAUAAACAGCCUACAAAGUACCAUAUAAUAAAACCCUAAUUCUGAAACUCUCCACCAUUCCCUCGUCCGCCUCUUCCAUCUCUACCUCGUUUAGCCUCCAACUCUCUCACAUACUCACCGCAAAAAUGCCGUUCAAGAGGUACGUUGAGAUCGGGAGAGUGGCUCUAGUUAACUACGGGAAAGACUACGGCAAGCUCGUUGUCAUCGUCGAUGUUAUUGACCAAAACAGAGCUCUAGUUGAUGCCCCCGAUAUGGUUAGGGGCCAAAUGAACUUCAAGAGGCUUACAUUGACUGAUAUCAAAAUUGACAUUCCUCGUGUUCCUAAGAAGAAGACAUUGAUUGAAGCAAUGGACAAAGCUGAUGUUAAGAACAAGUGGGAGAAUAGUUCAUGGGGUAAAAAGCUGAUUGUCCAGAAGAGGAGAGCAUCACUUAAUGACUUUGAUCGUUUCAAGAUUAUGUUGGCUAAGAUCAAGAGGGCUGGAGUCGUCAGGCAAGAGCUUGCUAAGCUGAAAAAGGAGAAUGCAUCUUGAAGUGAUACUGAAAUAUGUGGCUUUUUGGUAGUUUUGUCAUCAAUAUUCUGCAAUUUGUUCUUUCGGAAUGUUCCAUUUGUGUUUUGUCUAUUUAGAAAGGAUUAAGAUCUGUUGAGGGUACUUUCUUUGCUAUAUGGCAGAUUAUGUAGUGAGUUUAUUGCAAGAAAUUCCUUGUCA